AUGCUGGCGCCCGGGGGGCUCCUGGGUCUGGUCCUGCUCUGGGCACUGGCGGCAGCGGCUUCAGGGAAAAUUCCGGAUAUGCUGGCAGGACAGGCGGCCUCCUGCAUGACCGCGUGCACAGGGUCAGCUGAUCCCCACCUCCCUGUGGGCACCAGAUACACCUAUCGCUUUGCCACCAACACCAGCACCGGCCUGCAGGGGGCCCAGGAGGAGAGGAGUGGCCUUGGCCUCCAAGGCUUGGUCACCCUCCAUGUGCUUGGCCCGUGCCAGAUGGCCUUACAGCUCCAAGACGUCCAGGUGACGUCCGUCCUGGGGGACAAGGUGGAAGUCCUGAAGGAGUCAGAGCGUUUGAGUGCCGCCCUGGGCCGCGUCCCGCUCCGCUUCGUUCUGCGCGCCGGGCGUGUGGCCCACCUGUGUCCCCACCGCGCCGAGCCGCGCUGGGCGCUGAACGUGAAGCGCGCGGUGCUGAGCCUGGUCCAGGGUCACCCCGGCACCCCCGGUCGCCAGACCACAGACGAGGUGGACGUCCUGGGCAGGUGUCCCACCACGUACGAGCAACGUGGCGCCACACUGCGCAAGACCAAGGACCUGGCGCGGUGCUCCCUGCGCAGGGCGCGCUCCUCCCUGCGCUCCCAGGCCCUGCCCCUGCCAGCGGCCGGCCUGGCCUCCCGCCUGAGCUGCCUGCAGCGUUUCCAGGCCGGCGUGCUGCGGGAGGCCUCCUGCGAGGAGCUGGACGCUGUGGGGCCGCUCUCCGAGAAGGCGAGAGCCGUGCAGAUGUGGACCCUUGCCUCACUCACCCUGCUGCAGGAGGUGCCCCCGGAUCCGGCUGGGACGGGUGUCUCAGAUCCAGAGGAUGGAGAAUUAACCCCGAGCAGCCUGUUGUAUGAAUGGGAGGAGACGUUGCCCCAGGCCACGGUGGCCGCAGCGGCUGCAUCCUUGAGGAAGCUGUGCCUGGCUCAGACCACCAGCUUUGAGGCCGCAGAGCUGCUCCUGACGCUGGUGUCCCAGCUCCAGGGCCUCACCCUGGAAGCGCUGAUGGAACUCUGGCGACAUUCUUCCUUUAAAUGCCACGGCAACUGGCAGCCGCUGGUGGACGCCCUGCCCUCCUGUGGCACCGAGCCCUGCGUGGGCCUCAUGGUGGAGCUCAUCGCGGCGGGGGAGGUGGAGGCAGACGAGGUGGAGGUGUGGCUCUGGUCGCUGGCCUUCAUCCCGCAGCCCACGGAUGCCAUGGUCCACACGCUGCUGCCGCUGCUGCAGACCCCGGGGGCCAGCCCCAGCACCUUCCUUGGCCUCUCAGCCCUGGCGCACAGUGUCUGUGCCACCCUGGACGGGCCCUGCGGGCAGCUGCCGGGAGUCGGCUCCCUCGUGAGCCUCCUGGGAGAGGCGCUGGGUGCAGACUGCGCCUUCCAGGAGCCCUCGGACGCUGACCAGCUCCGGCUCGUGCUGAAGGCGGUUGGCAAUGCCGGCCUGGCAGCCACGGCCCUCACCCCCUCGCUGAGCGCCUGUGCGUCCCUGCGGAGCCGCCCCCCUGAGGUCCGGCUGGCAGCCAUCCAGGCCUUCCGGAGGGUCCCCUGCUCUGCGGACCGAUCCGUGCUCGCCCGCCUGUACCAAAGCCCCGAGGAGGACGCCGAGAUCCGCAUCAAUGCCUACCUGGCCCUGAUGAGGUGCCCCGGAGAGGAGCUGUUUGCCCUGGUGCGGCGCACCCAGGCAGGCGAGCGAUCUACCCAGGUGGGCUCCUUUGUGUGGAGUCACCUCCUGCAGCUGCUGGAAACGGACGACCCCCUGAAACAGGCCUUCCGACGGGCCCUCCCCGAGGACAUCGUCAGCCGGGAGUUCCGUCCGGAGACCUGGAGACACUCAUCCUAUUCUGACAUCACUUUCCGCUCAGCAUCUGGCAGCCUGGGAGCCAACAUGGAGGGGACCCUUCUCUUCUCUCCGGCCUCCUUCCUCCCCCGUUCUGCCACGGCCAACCUGACUGUCCACGCCCUUGGUCGUGCCUUCAACCUCCUGGAGCUGGGGCUCCGGCUGGAAAAUGCCGAGGAAAUCGCCGGCAAGCUGUUUGGUCCGAAGUCAUUCUGGGGGCAGGAGGAGGAGAGAGAGGCCCACCCGGAGAAGCCCCCCGAGCCAGAACCAGGGCCCACAGCACAGGCAGCCAGCCCUGACUGUCCAGGAGAAAGAUCCAGAAAGAUGAGAGACCUGCAGCAGAAGGUGGCCCAGAGGCGCGGGGAGCGGCGGGCGCUGCGCUGUGAGCUGAGCAUGAAGGGGUUCGGGCACGAGCUGAGCUUUGUCGACUGCGGGGAGACGCGGAGUCCCGCCACACGCCGGUCCCUGAGCCUGGCUGAGCUGGCCAUCAGGCUUCUGAAGGGGCAGGAGGUGCAAGUGAACCGGAGACUGAACCUACUCUUGGAGGAGCUCACCUUCCCCACCAUGUCUGGCCUCCCUGCCCGGCUGGCCCUGAACGCCUCCGCCGCCAUCAGUGUCCGGGUCCGAGGGACCGCCGACUUCCAGCGCCUCUCGGAUUUCUCUGUGAAUGGUUAUGUCAAGCCCAGCGCCCUGCUCCAGAUCUCGGCUCAGAUGGGCACGGCGGGCGCCCUGGGGCAGGCCGGGCUGAGGUGGGUGACCGGCGUCCGUGGCACGGCCAGCCUGGACGGCGGGGUCCAGGCGAGGAGGGGCCGGGACCUCAAGGUGCACCUGAACACGCCCGAGGAGGAGGCCGUGGAGCUGCUCAGCUUCAGCUCUAAGCUGUACCUCGUCACUGCGGAUGGCACACAGACCCUCGGUCACGUUCCCGGCCCUUCCGAGGCCCGAUCCUGUACCCACAAGGAAGUGGCCCACCCCUGGGGCUGGCAGCUGUGCACGGAAGUGGCCUGGCCGGCAGCCGGUCAGCCCCACCUGCUCUCAGUGCCCGUGUCUGUGGUGGUGACGCUGAAGAAGCAGGACCGCGGGCUCCAACAGUAUCUGCUGGAAGCUGCCUAUACCGUCCACCCCCAGAAGGACAGCUGGCUCCCUCAGGAAGCGUCCGCCCACCUCUUCAUGGGCACGCCCGGGUCCCACGUGCCCAGGGAUGUCGCGCUGGACCUCAGCUACAGCUGGCCCCAGGGGAAGUUCCGGCUGAAGCUUCUCCACCCCAGGAAGAAGCUCGAGCUGGACGGAAAGAUGGAGACGCUCCACAGCGGCCGCGUGGGUCACCUGGAGCUGAUACUGGAUGACAGGGACGUCUACUAUGUCAAGGGCCGGAGCGACCUGCGGCCAGCGGCGGGCGGGGAGGCCCAGCAGUUCGAGGCCCAGCUGGAGGUGAAGCUGGUGACAGCGGGCAGCCCCGUGGUCAUCGCUGGGAACCUCAGCCGGCAGGCGGGGAGCAAGUUGGCAUUUUCCGUGUUCCUGAACAACCUGCUGAGGGACCAGGCCCACCUGUCAGCACUGCUGGAGAAGAAGGCAGAGGACGGGCUGCAGGUGGUGACCCUGGGUGGCGAGCUCUUCGUGCCGGGGCUCGUGGGGCUGCGCGCCGGGGGCCUCCUGCGGCAGCGGGGCGGCCUCUGGACCAGCUCCCUGAGCGUCAAGUACGGCCUCCUGGGUCAGGCGAAGCAGCCGGCGCAGGAGUGCAGCACCGGCCAGAAGCUGCGGGCGGAGAGCAGCCCGGAGGGCGCCUACCAGCUGGAGCUGGACCACGAGCUCCACUGCACACAGCUCCCGGUGUUCAGCCACAAGGUCCAGCUCCGGCACGAGGAUGGCCCGGGCCGCCUGCACUCGCAGCUGGAGGCGAGCUACGGGAAGCAGUGGGGCGAGAGCAGCAAUGAGAGGCGAGUCCGCCUCAGCCAGACCUUCCAGAACGACUCCGGCCCGGCCCUGAGCAGCUACUUCAUGGAGUUCGUGCUGCAGGUGCCCGUGCGGCACGUGGAUUACCGCAUGCAGCUGCACCACUCCAGCCUCCGCCAGCCCCACGUGCAGAGCAGCACAUACCUGAAGGUGCAGUGCAAUGGGCGGCUCCCCUUCGUGGCAGGCUUGCAGUGGAAGGACACGUCCCGGGCCACCCUGUGGAAGUGGAAAGGAGGCUUGAACCUGGACAGUCCGUGGCUGACGGUCUCUGCGGUGCACAGGCUGUCCUGGCCCCACCCGGCCACGUUCCAGGCUGUCCUGGAGCUGACGCUGGGCAAGGCCUGGACUCUCAAGAACCUGGUGAUGAACGUGGCCUGCAGGAGCCGGGGCCUCGACAGGGAAGGCAAGAUCCACGUCUACACCCCAGCUACCACUUACCUCCGGGUUUCCAUGGUGACGGCCCUGGCACGGAGCUUCUUCCGCAGCCGGAGUGAAGUCGAAACAGCCUGGAGUGCGGCCGUGCAGAGUGAGAUCCAGGCUGAGAACACCUGGGACCGUAAGAUCCUUCACUGCUGGUUGAAGGGCCCCCAGCGGGAGCUGAACCUAACGGCAGCCUGCAGGCACGUGGAGCAGCCCCGGAAGACCCACGUGUCGCUGACGGCUCUGGGGACCGGUGCUGGGGGCCAGCCUCGGGGCCUGCAGGUGGAGGGCGAGCUGGAGGAGCUGACGCGCGACAGGGUGUCGUACCAGAAGCGGGGGACCUUCCUGCUUAGGCACCCCUGGACUCCGCGCAUCCCGCAGAGCAUCCUCGUGCAGGAGACCUUCACGGCGGAGAAGCUGCACCAGCGGUACUCCCUGGAGACCAGGGUUGUCCUGGAUGGCCGAGCAGAGACCAUGCAGACCAUCGUCCUGGGCUAUGAGGCGGGACGCCCCUAUGUCUGUGCGGGCCUGACCCACCCAUACAGCGGCUCGGCCGUGCCCGGGAGCCUGGAAGGGUGCGCGGUUGCUUGGAAUCCACACGCCGCGAAGAACAGGGAGUUCGAGGCCACUUUGAAAGUCGACCAGAAAGUUGUGCUGCAUCUAAAGGGUCUGCACUGUGACAGAUCUCAGCGUGGGGCCAUCCGGCACCGCCUGGCCCUGGACGCCGCCCACUCCUCCCAGCUGAGGUUCCCCCAGGCCCUGAGUUUGGAUGGGGACAUUGUCUUCAGGUGGAGUCCCCAGGGAGCGUUCGAUGGCAGCGUGGACGCAAGGGCUGACGUCAACCACAACAGCACAUCCCAGGUCUCGCUCCAGCUGAACGGAUCUGACUCCCACUUGGUGUUUUUCUUCCAGCUCAGACGUCCCCACGGACCGACAUCUCCUCCAGACUUACAGGUGCAGGCGGCUGCCAGGCAUUACGGAGAGCGCAGGCUCGGUGGCUCCCUGUCUGUGCACACGGCCGGCCGGGAGCUGGUUCUGCUGGAGGCUGACGCCAGCCAGGACACCCGGAGAAGCGGCCGGGGCUGGGGACUGAGCGUCCUCCUCCGCCAGGCGGCCGGCAGAGCCCCCGGGGCUGUUCAGCUGCAGCUGUCCGGCAAGGUCGCCCCAGCCAGGAUCUGGCUGCUGUCCAGGGCGCUGCUGGACCAGGACGCGGCAGAGCUCAGCCUCAGGGCGUCCGCGGAGCGCAGGCGAGGCCGGGUCCUGACGCUGCAGAGCCGGGCGCAGCACACGGUGGCCGGCUGGGCGGCCCUGCCCCGCCUCCUGACCCUCAGGGCCGUGCUGAAGCUGAUGGAGACGCUCAGAGAGGGUACCAUCAAAGUCACUGCUGACUCAGCUGUGCUGGGCUUCCUCCUGCGGGACAAGCAUGAGAAGGCAGGGAACAGCACAAGCGUGCACAGCGUGACCUGCAUCCUCACCCAGAACAGCAGCCAGGCCUUGCCAGGGGAGCUCUGGCUGAGAGGGCGGCUGCAGGCUCAGCCAGGAAGCCUUGGGGGCCAGGCCAGUCUCCGUGCCAAAGCUGGCAGCCUGGCGCUGGGUGGGGCCUGCACCUGGGGCCCUGGGCACGGCCAGCUUUCAGGCAGCCUGAGUCAUAAUGUCAGCACCUUGAGUGGGGCAGGACUCCCCUCGGAGGCAGAGAUGCUCCUGUCACACACCCAUGCGGCUUCCAACCUGUCAGUGCGCAUGGCCCUGCGGAGCACUGGAGGCCAGCUGGACGCCGUCCUCGGCCUGGAGGGCCCGGCUCCCGGCGCGGGGGGCAGCCGGCUCCGCGCCAGCCUCGGCCACACGGUGCCCAGCCUCCGGCGCUGGGGCCUCCCCUUCUCCGUGGACGGCGCCGGGCACUUCCAGAGCACGGGACCCAGGCUGGCGGCCGGGCUGACCGCGAGUGUGGACGGCCAGCAACUUCGCGUGGCCCUGGAGCGGAGGGGAGAGGGCGGCCGCCAGGGGCUGGCGCUGGGCCUGCACCACGGCCGAUCGGGGCUCCAGGUGAGGGACCGGAGAAGCCCGCGGGCCGGGCGGCUGCCAUCACUGCUGGAGGUCAACUGCAGUGGAGACGCCUUGCCUGCCCAGCUGUCAGGACUGUGCUGGGGACGCGUCGACGGGUGGUGGCCUCUUGAGCUCUCCGUGGACGUUCCUGACGGCAGCUCCUGCUUCGAGCAUUCCGGGCGCAUCUGGGCCGGGCCCGCUUCUCUGAACUACUCCGUGAGCGGCUGUCACCGUGCCGGGUGCCUGGAGCUCUCCGGCCGCAGCCAGCACGACAGCGGGGCCCUGCGGCGGGUGGGGUUCCCGGGCGAGGCCCGCCUCAGCGCCGAGCUGCAGAUGCACGAGACCCAGACCCGGGCUGGUGUGGCCCUCCAUGGGGACAGCGGGGUGAGUGUGGAUGUGGCAGCCCUGGUGGCCCGGCCGCUGAACGGCACUCUGGAGCUGGUGGUGAACGUCAGCCACUCGGCGCUCGCUCUCCGGAGGCUGGGCCUGCCCUUCACCAGCCAGCUCGUGGUCCGGGGGCUCUGGGCAGAGGACGAGAUGAGCUCCUUCCUGCAGCUGACCUGUGAUUCUCAAGCCAGCCUGGUCCUUGACGUCCGUGGCCACAACCGGGCACUCAGCAAAGAGCUGCAGCUGUGGGGCCGGCAUCACCUCCCUGCCCUCCGGGGCCGCUGCCCCAGCAGAGCCUCGGCCGCAGCCAAGCUGCGGUCCUCCGAGGGGGAGACGGAGAGCGCGUUUGUCUUGGCGGUGGAGGAGCAUCAGUUCCGCAUCAGCACCAGGUUGGUGCCUGCUGAGGCCAGGCUCACCAACACCGUCAAGCUGGAACAGAACUUCCCCCAGCUCAGCGCCCUGCCUGGGGCACUGGUCCUGCAGACCUUGUACGAGCGCACCCGUGGCACCCGCGUCCUGCACCAGACGGUGCUGUGGGACGGCCAGGAGGUGGCCCUCAACGGGAGCCUCUCGGGGUCCUUCCCCGAGACCACCGGGAGCCUCGGCCUGCAGGUGGAGCUCACCCACCGGAUGCCGCUGACCCUGCCGCGACACUGCCGCCUCCACCUGUCCUCCGAGCGCUCGCGACGCAGCCACCGGGAGGACCUGCUCGAGGGCUGGGAUGGCAAGGACCAGAUGCCGGCGUCCUCUCCUCUGUGGCUGGGGAGGGGCGAGCUGGCUGCACACCUGGCCCUCGCUCCCCGCUUCAGCUUCUCCCAGGGACUCGCCGAGGCAGGGGGCAGCAUCCUCUCCUCUUCCCCCUCCACCUCAAUGCAGGUGGAGCUUGCCUGGAACAGAGGGCCGCCCGUGACCUUGCAUCUCACCUGGGCCAAUGGGUCCUCUGUGCACAGCACCUCCUGGGAAGGCUGUCUGGCGGCCUCCCCGGGGCAGCUCCGGGAAGCCUGGGGCCUGGGCGCCCUCAGGGCCUGUGGGGCCUUAACACAGACCCCAGCCGUGUUCAGUGAGCAGCUUGAUCUGUCCUGGGACCAUCUCCGGGUGCAGCAGAACCUGACGUACGAGAGGCUUCAGCCAUCCCGGCCAGACAAGAUCCGUGCGGAGGCCACCUUGGAGCACGUCCUCACGGCCCCCUGCACCACGCAGAGCUUCUGGGGGACAGUGGAGACCGACUAUGCCCACAGGCUGCGCCAUUCCCUGCGCCUGGGGCUCUGCGGCCUGCCCAGGGCCCUCUCGGUCUCCGGGGAGCACACCCUGGGCAGCAGUGGGCUCCUGCUGCAUUCCCACUGCCAGCUGGGCCUCGCUCCGGACCCCACCCACGGCCUGCACCUCAGUCUGACCCUCCGCAACCACAGCAGGCCCGGGAUGCCCGGCUUCUCCGGGGAGCUGGAGCUCCUCGGCCCCGAGGCUCAGCGGCUCGGCCUGGGGGCCCGGGUCUCCACAUCGGCUUCUCAGAGCUUGCUCCAGCUGGAGGGAAAUGCGGGCGACGGGGACGAGAGAGUGAGGCUGUCGCUGUCCCGGGCCCGCACCUGCCUCCAGGCCUCUGUGGCGCAUGAGGAAGGGAGCCAAGAAGAGAGCAUGGUGCUGCGGGCGUGUGCCCACAGGCGGGCGGCUGAGGCGGAGGCCCUGAUCCAGGCCAGUGGGCAGCCCGGCCAGCCCCUGGGACACCUGAGCCUGCAGGCCGCCAACCAGAGCCUGCGCUUGAGUGCACGCGGCUGCCCGGGGACCCUGCUGGGCCGCGUGGAGUCCAGGGUUGCAGCCGUGGGGUCCCACCUGCAAGCCCAGCUGGAGGAGAAGCUGCGAGGCUUGGAUGCCUAUGUGAGAAGGUUCCAGCACCUGGUGCAGCCGGCGGGCGCCCUGGAUGGUGUGGCAGGCCCCCUCCUGCAGCUGUCACAAGCGGGGCUGGGGGCCAUGCAGGCGAGUGGCCGGGCGGUGGCCGCGCUGUGGGGCCGGAGCCGGGCCAGGGCGCUGGUGCCCUACGUGCUGCUGCACCUGGAGAGGCCACAGGCAGCGCUGGACCAGCUGUGGGAGGAGCUGGAACGGCCCCUGGCCACACUGAAGGACGCCUACCUGGAAGUGACGCUGCGGCCCCUGGACGAGGUGUGGCGGGAGCGGGCCGAGGAGGCCGGGCAGCGGCUGUGGGCCUGGGUGUCGGCGAUGCCGUGGGCCUGGUGGCUGAGACCCAGCGAGGCAGCCCUGGAGGCCACGAGGGGCGCCCUGGAGCUGGCCGCCCACCAGAUGCAGUCAUGGGCUGAAGCCACCUUGUCCCGGUCCCUGAGGCGGCUCUGCAGACCUUUGCUGGACCUGUACAGCUUCUCGGCCAGGAACCGCUCGCUGGUGGUGAUCCUGCCGCUGCUGCCCGCAGGGGACGAGGCCCUGGACGUGGCCCGGGUGACCAGCUACCUGGUGGAGGAGAAGCUGCUGCGGCCGCUCCGAGAGCUGUACCAGGUCAACGUGUUGGCUGAGUACUACCGGCUUCAAGGCCGCCUGCUGGACGGCCCCCCUGGAUACCACGCUGUGGUGGCCGGGGCCAGGUACAUGGUGACCUUCGACGGCCGGGUGUGGGGUCUCGGCGCCCCCUGUGGCGGUCUGCUGCUGGCCAAGGACUUUGCUAGGGACACGUUCUCACUGACGCUGAGCAGGGCGGGCUCGGGGCUCACGUCCCUGUCCGUGAGGCUGAACCACACGACCCUCGUUCUCUACCCGCACCUGAAGACCUACAGGCUGUACGACUCCUCGCUGCCUGGGGAGAAUUGUCCCAACCUUGAUCUGCCUCCUGCCAAGAUGAGGAGGGACAUCCCCAGGAUCGAGCUGACCAGUGAGGAUGGCAUCUCUGUCGCCUGUGACGUCCGAGCCGGCCUCUGCAGCCUGACUCUGGGCCUCUGGCAGCACGGCGUGUCCGCUGGCCUCCUGGGAACCAACGAUAACGAGGCCGGCAAUGAGCUGAUGCUGCCCGACGGCACGGUGGCCGGCAGCCUGGAGGAGUUCACGCUCGCCUGGCAGGUGGGGGGCGACUGCAGGACAGUGGAGAAGACUCAGCAGGCCUGCCCUGGACAGAGUGCCCCCUGCCUGGCCUGCUUCCAGGACCCAGGCUCCAGCCUGGGGGACUGCUUCAGGGUGGUGGACCCCACACCAUUCCUCAGCCUGUGCAUCCGGGACGCGUGUGGCACCCAGGAUCUCCAGCCCGCCUGCACCCUGGCGGCCGCCUACAUCCACCUGUGUGCCCGGGCCUUCGUGCACCUUGCCCCGCUUCCUCAGUGUGUUUGAGAUUUUCCUUAAGCCGGCACCAGGCUGCCAAGAUUUCAAAGUCCUUCACCUUCCACCACAAGCCCAGCUCCGCAGCAAGGUCAAGAUUCUUGGCCAGGACGGAACAACCAGCACGAGACACCGGGG